AUGUCUUCUAAGGCUUCCGUUCGCAAGAACGCCUUAACUCGUCGUAUCGAAGACGAAGGUUUCGAAUCCGUGGUCCCUUAUGAUCGUUACGUUCGCCUUAAACGAGCGUGUAUCCGCGCCGAUUGUUCCGAUCGUUGUAGUGAUUGUGUUCGCGGAGGUGGUGGUGUUAAGUGCGCUAUAUCGAAUCCUACCUUUACCGAUUCCGAGUGGCGUCGCCUCGUGAAGUCUCAGAAUUCUUUAGAGGAGGAGGAGGAAGCCAUUUUAUUGCAGUAG